CAAGCGAGAGCCUUAUCCAGCUUGAAAGGCGAAUUUCACCCAAGCCAAGGCUCUUGCAGUCGUGAUUGUCGUACUUUGUAACCUCUCGCUGAGUUAUUUGAAACCCCUGGGCGAGAAUCCAUUCUUAGCAAGAUGGCCGCAUCUCCAUCAUCAUCGACCACCUCGGAGCCUUUCCAGUACACCGCGUUAGCAGGUUCGAGAGCCAUCCGCCUGCUAGAGAUCUUGGACGAUCAGCCGAGCUCACCCAUGAGAUUUUCGCUUCAUACCUACAACCUAGAUGAAGUCCCAAAGUUCGAGGCUCUUUCGUACACCUGGGACAACCCUCUUCAUGAAAAUAGUGCUGCAUUCCGCGAAACUCUGGCCAUUACCUGCAAUGGCAAGACCCUCGAUGUCAAGCGAAAUCUUCACGAAGCAUUAAUCCAACUGCAUCAGCCAUACAUUGUGGACUAUGUGGAUUCCAGAUGGGAGCGAACUGCACUCCAUUGGGCCGCUGAGAGAGGCCGCCACGAAGAGCUGAAGGUCCAGCUUCAAAAGGGAGCCAGUGUUACCGCCGGAGACCGCCGGGGAUAUACGCCACUACAUUGUGCGGCGUACAAUGGACAUGACGAAAUCAUCAAGACACUCCUCGAGGCUGGAGCAAACCCUAUGCAAAGGGACUACCAGGGAUUGCUAGCACUAGACCGUACUAGGGAGUUGAAACAAACGAGUGCGAUGGAGAUACUAUCGAAAGUCACCACCCUAGUUACUGGAAGUCGAGAUAUCACGACAUCGCCGUCGGAGCUACACAAAGCGUCCAAGAAAGGUGAUCUGCAAUCUGUCCGCAACCUCAUCCGCGUGGGCCACGAGAUCGAUCUGCGGGACGAAUCCGGCAGGACGGCACUCCAUCACGCUGCGCUGCACGGCCAUCUGAACAUUGUUCGGGAAUUGGUUGGCGCUGGAGCUAAUCCUCGAGCCCUUGAUCCGGAAUACGCUACACCGUACCACCUAGCAAGGGAUGGGAACAGGAUCGAAGUUGUCAAGUGGCUGUGGUGGCAUGGAGAAUCAGAAGUCGCCGCAUCCAGACCCAGCCUCCACGUACACAAAGCUUCAUCCCGUUCGCGACCGCGAUACGUCUGGAUCGAUGCUAUAUGCAUCGACCAGAGCAACAUCAGUGAGCGUUCCUCUCAGGUAGCUCUCAUGUCCGACAUCUACCAAUCUGCCGAGUCAGUACGGGUGUGGUUCGGCAGGAAGGACGAGACCUCCGACUUGGGAAUACGGAGUCUACGGCGGCUCGCAACUACCAUGGGUCAAGCUGAAGGACUCGAGUCACAUUUUGAGCCAUUCACGCUUGCUGACGAGACGGCAAUGCUUGAUUUCCUCUGCAGGAGGUGGUUCCAGAGGUGCUGGAUCAUCCAAGAAUUGCUGCUCGCUAGGCAGAUCGUCUGCCACUGCGGGGAUGAGCAAAUUGUUUGGGAAGACAUUUUUGAGGCCUUGCUAGCCUUCAACGACUGGGGCUACGGCGGCGAUCUCCAUCGUCAGAAUGCGACGUCAGAAAAGCAGCUCUUCGCGUUGCGGGUAAUGCGGCGGCUCCAGGUCCUGAGAGAAUGGUACACUUCCCACCGGGACAAGCAGAACUAUUGGGACCUGAACACACUGGUGCCGACAACCAAGGAAUUCCAGUGCGCCGUACAACAUGACAAGAUAUUUUCCCUCCUUGGAGUUGCGCGGGAGACCGAGGCGCGUCGAAGGUUUCUUCCAACACCGGACUACACCAUGCCAGUGAAGGAUGCCUACUGCGCGGCGACCAUGCUCAUGAUCGAAGAGUCGGAAUCACUCACCAUUCUCGAGUUCGGCCAAGGCGAAAGGAUGAAGGAUAGAAGCGUACCAUCGUGGGUGCCUUUCGAAGCGGUCGACCCGCCGUUGGACCGUCUUAACGCCGGGUCACAUACAUACUGGUCUACAGGCCAACCCCCAUUGCAACGACGAACAAGGCCUUCAACCCACCAAUAUGUUCUCCGACUUGAGGCGGCAAAAGUCGCAGACGUCUCUGCCGUAGAGUCAAACACGCUGUCCAAGAGAUGGACAUACGAUCCACAAUGGACCCGCAUGGCGCUUCUUCCCGACUCGGUCUAUCCGCCAUCAGAAACCCGGGCCGAAGCCUUGCGGCAAACCAUCCUGGGAGGAGCGAGCGGGUUCCACCAGCUACAGUCCAGGCUGGAAUACUACCGUCGCGACGGGGGUCUUCUCUUCAAGGACUGGGUCCGCAUCUCCUUCUUGACGCUGGCCCAGCGCGGCGGUUGGCACUGGGAGGACCUCGACAAAGACCUGGAUGAGCUGGGUCGCCUGGCUGAGACGGACCCUGAUGGGAGGUUCCCCACGGCAAGUGAGGUGAAGUCCUGUAGCGGUAUCGUCGAUUGGCGCACCCUUCGAGGAGAUCGGUGGGCUCCAAAUGACCUUGAAUCUCGAUGGCUUUCCGACAUCACCAUGACGGGUCGGAAUAUAUUUACAACUUCCCAGGGCCACAUCGGCAAGGGCCCUUUAUCGACUCAGGUUGGGGAUACCGUUUGGUUGAUUCCGGGGAGCAAUGUUCUUUUUCUUCUUCGCAUGGUUGGAACUGGGCGUUAUGUAAUUGUUGGGGAUUCGUACGUUCACGGCAUUAUGGGGGGAGAGCUCUUGGAGAAUGAGGUGCUCAAUUUCGAAGAGAUUGAAAUAGAGUAGCUGCAGUGUAUCGAUGCCCUUCAGCCACUUAGUAAGCGAUAUAACCGACAAGGGGUUGUUGAGUCAAGGUGUCCGGGCGGAC